AUGACAGAAAAUUGGGGUUUACCUAUUAAAGAUUGGGGUUCACCUACUGAAGAUUGGGGUUUACCUACUGAAGAUUGGGGUUUACCUACUGAAGAUUGGGGUUUGCCUACUGAAGAUUGUGGUUUACCUAUUGAAGAUUGGGGUUUACCUAUUGAAAAUUGGGGUUUUCCUACUGAAAGUCUUCAAAAUAUAGAGGUAGAUCAAAGAUGCAGUGAAGUUAAUGGUGACUGUGAUUUACGUAAAGCUGACGGUCAUAAAUCAAAUGAUGAUAUCAAUAAAAAUUUUGAAGAUCAUGAUCUUAGAAAGAAAAAUCAAGAUACAAGCAAUGAGAAUAAUUUUUUGAUUCAGGCACCGGUCAGGAAUUCCUUUGACCAAAAUAGAGAUCAUAGCUACUCUUGUAGGAGUUCAGCUAACAGAAAUAAAUCAUAUACUCCAGAAAAGCCUGUAGUUAUUGCAAAAAAAACUUAUAUUCCUCUUACAUUUGAUGAUAAUAAUGACUUGGCGAUAGAAGCAGGAUUGAAUUUUCCCACAUACAAUAAAUUUGAAGUCAAAGUAAGUGGAAUAGAAGUACCGAAACAGAUUACAUUGUUUGAAGAGUCUCCUCUGUGUGAUGUGUUAUUAAGCAAUUUAACUAAGUGCAAUUACAUUAUUCCAACACCUAUACAAAAGUAUGCAUUGCCAAUUAUUAUGGAGGGAAGAGAUAUGAUAGCUAGUGCUCAAACAGGAUCAGGAAAGACUGUAAGUAUGAAAAACUUCUAUAAUAAUUUUAUAAUUUAGAUUAGUAUUGAAUUGGUUAUUUAUUUUUGUGUUUUAGACUGCAUUUAUAUUACCCAUUUUGUAUAGCCUAAUGAUAAAACCAUCUAAGUUAUAUUUUGAUCUAAACCAUUGCGAGCCUCAAGCAUUGAUUUUGGUUCCUACAAGAGAACUAUCUAUACAAAUAUGUGAAGUUAUUACUAAAUUGAGCAAAGGCACCAAUAUCAAAUGUGGUAUUUUAUAUGGUGGUACAGCUACUUACUACCAAAAACAAAAAAUUUUGGUAAAUAAAUCUUACUAUAAAAUCUUUAACACUUAAAUAUAUUUAAAUUAUAUUUCAUAUAGGGAGGUGUACACAUAAUUGUUGCUACUGUAGGACGACUUAUUGAUUUCGUAAAUCAAGGUAUAAUCACAUUUCAAUCUUUGCGUUUUUUUGUGCUUGAUGAAGUUGAUUUUAUGCUUGCAUUGAAUUUUCAAAAAGAAAUUGAAUAUAUAUUUAAUCAUAAUACUAUGGUCUCAUCGGUAAAUAUAUAAAUAUUAUAGUUUAUAGUUUUAAAUUAAUGUACACCUUGUUCGAUUAAUAAUGUAUUAAAUUAUUUUAAAUUAUCAUUUGCCAUAAUACAAAUGUAUUUAUUUAUUUUUAGGUAGAAAGAUCUAUAAUUAUUUUUUCAGCAACCUUGCCUGAGGGUGUUCGACAAAUAGUCAAGGCAUAUUUAAAACCUAACUAUAUAUAUGUAGAUGUUGGAGAGACUGGGGGAGCUUGUAAAGAUAUUGCUCAAACUGUUAUAGAAGUUCAGCGGUUUGCGAAGAAACAAAAAUUACUUGCCCUACUUCAGGAAACUAGUAAGUAAUUAAUAAAGCAGAUGACAUGUAGUUUUUAAUAUUCAAGCAUUUAUCUACUUUAAAAUGCUAAGGCCUUGUCAAACAGACAGUUUUUCAUGCGUGUAAAAGCGUUAUUAUCGUCUUGUUAUAUUUGUAUUCAAUUACAAAUCAUAUUGGCUGUCAAACAUGGUUUGUCAUCGUGAUUCGUCAACGCAGCGUUAGAACACAAUGUUGUACAAAAUUACAUGCAUUACAGCAUUAUUUUUUUCAAACCUUGGUAAAAUCAGUUGGUACAAUUUUCCAAAACUAUCCGGAAACAUCUGGAAGUACAAAUAAAAACGGUUUUCAUAUGAUUCCAGUUCAUAACAUAAACGAUGGUAUUCACCAUAAUUUUCUCUUUUUUUUUUUAUUUAUGUCAUGAACCCAAAUUCGCUUUUCCUUUUGUUGACUUUCAACUACUGCAUAUAAAAGUAAAAGUUCUUUGUCCGAACUACUGGACAUUUUUGUCAACUAUACUGUCUAUACCUUGCAAAUGUACUAACAAUACUGCUUUAUUAUCGACUGCUAUCAAUCUACCAUGACUCAACGCUUUGGUUUCUGUGUGACAUAUGUAACGUUAGAGAUAGCGUUAAUAACUCUGUUUGACAAGGCUUUAAAACAUGUUCUAAUAAACACUAAAAGUAUUAAUUAUUUAAAAAACAUCUAAAAAAGACAUCUAUAAGAAGAGUAACUAAUUCAUUUAUUUAUAAAUAUAAUAAGUAUAUUCAAUUUGUUAUUUCUUUUUCUGACCUAAAAAAUUAUAUUUUUAAAAGAUUGCCAGUUUGAUAAAUAUUAUUUUUAAGAAAUUGUACAAAAAAAUGCUUUAAAAAGAAAAAAAAACACUAUAAAUAUCUCAAAACCGUAAAAUAGACUAAAUAUGCAACAUAAAAUUACAAAUUUGUCCUUGUCAUAUCUCAAAUAAAAUGAAUUAAAUGUAGCUGUUUCGUAUAGCUGCUCAAAACAAAUAUACAAAUGCAAGAACUCCUUUGCCCCAAUGAUUCUUAAUUUUUCAUAAAUAUAAUUCAUUUUCUAAUUAUCAUUCAUUAACUAUUUUUUUACUGUUGUUAUGUAAACUAAAUUUUAUUUUAUUUGAUAUAGAAAAUUGCCAAGGUAUAAUUAUAUUUGUACAAAAAAAACGACUAGCUGAUUUUAUUGCGGCCUUCCUAUGUGAAAUGAAUUUUCCAACAACAAGUAUACAUGGAGAUCGAGAUCAACCUGAACGAGAAAAAGCUUUAAGAGAUUUCAAAACAAAAAAAAUUAAAAUAUUAGUAGUUACUGCAAUAGCUGCCAGAGGAUUAGGUAAUUGUUUAUUCUUGCCUAACAAUGUAUACUGUACAUAUUACAGUGUUAGGUCUAGUAGAUUAGAUCUCACUGAUAAUUUAUCAGACAAAAAUUAAUUUCACUUAUUUAACUUCGUACAAUAACUAAUUCUUAUGCAUGUAUUUUAAUUUAAAUUGUAUUUUUCCUAUAUUCUAUUUACCCAUAAAUAUUAAGAAGCCUACAAUUAUUAUUUAACUAUUGCUUGUCAUAGAUCAUUAAACCGAUAUAUAAUUAGUAGUAGUAGAUUAUAAUUUAUAGUCAAUAUUUAGUAUUUACAAUCAAUAGUAGUAAUUAUAAAAUAUUAGUAUAUGCAUUCUAUGCAAAGCAAAUCAACAAUGUUUUUUUUUUUUUAACAUUUGUAAAUACAGUAGAAGCCGCUUAUUAGAAACACUUGGGACUCUCAGGGACUGAGGUGAAAUGUGUCAAUUAACUGAUUGUUUCUAAUAAAUGAUUAUACUGUGUCCCAACCGAAACACGUUCCAUUGUGCGCAUUCCCACCAAUUUGAAUUACUGAUGUAGUAAGAUCACAAUCGUUAACAGCUGUUUAGGGUGUAUUAUAACAGUAUUAUAAUGUAUCCUCGAAAUAGUGUGUUUCACUUGUUUGAAUUUGUUUGACAACUGUUGUAUACUUCCUAAGAUUUUGUAGUUUUGUCGUUAUUUUUUUGUUGUUUAUUUUUUUUAAAAAUGAACACAAUCAUCGGUAAAUGAUGCUUCUACAACUGCUGAACAAAACAUUGAUUUUUCAGAAAUAUUGUCACCCAUUAGAAAAACUAAAAAAGAACGGGUAAGAAUUUUUAAAUUAUUUUAUAUAUAUUGAAUUUAUACUUAAUAUUUUUUAAUAUAAUAUUUUUAAAUAUUUAGAAUAUUCUUAAAUCGAUAUAAUCUACGUGUGAUCCGUUCAAUAUUACAAAUUAAAUUUAUUUCAAUUAUCAAUAUACUGGUUUCAAAUCCUGCUUUAUUUUAUCGUGUUAACGUAUUAUAUGUAUUAUACUAUUUAUUUAUUAUUAUUUCUUAUAUUAUAUUUAAACAUUGUAUUGUUCCAGUUUGUUGGAAGACUGCAAAAAUUGAUUAUAAUUAAUUUGUAUAAGACGAGAAAACAAGAACAACCGGAUAUGAAGUACAAGGAAUUGAUGGCAUCUCUUUCAAGAGACAUCGGAAUUGGAAUUGGAAUGUGUACAGUGACAAGUACAAUUAGCGAUUAUAAAAAAACUGGUAAAUUCACGUCACCAUGUAAAAAAAUACCGUCCAAUAAUCCUUGAAAAAAUUGUUCAAGUUGUCAAUGAUGAUCCAGAUCUUCCGAAUAUAUCUUCUACAUCUUUGCGACGGGUAUUGAAGGAACUAAAUUUCGAAUACACCAAAAGAAGCCGGAACAGCAUAUUAACGGAAAGAGGAGAUCUCGUUGUAUGGUGACAGAAGUAUAUUGAAGACAUACGGCGUUAUCACAGUGAAGGUCAUACAAUAUACUUCCUCCACGAAACCUGGGUAAAUGCUGGUGAAUGUAACAGUAAAGUAUGGAUUGAUACUUCGGUGAAAUCGCAUAGAGAUGCAUUCGUGACGGGACUAUCUACAGGUCCAAAAAAUCCAUCAGGGAAAGGAAAAAGACUAAUAGUUGCUCAUAUCGGUUCAGCAGAUGGGUUCGUCGAGGGUGGUCUGUUGAAUUUCGAGUCAAAAAAAAAUUCAGCUGACUACCACGACGAAAUUAAUGGAGACACGUUUUAUAAAUGAUUUUGUGGAGUUUUGCCCUGAUUGAAGGACAAUGCCGUUAUUGUCAUGGACAAUGCAUCAUACCAUUCGGUAAAAAAAGAUCCAGUACUUACAAUUUCUUGGAAAAAAAAUUAUAUAAUACAAUGGUUGGAAUCUAAUGGUGUUGUUAUCGAUAAACCGAUGGUUAAAUUUCAUCUCAUUGCAAAGGUAAAUGAAAUUAAACCUAUGUAUGAAAAAUACGUAAUUGAUGAAGAAGCCUUAAAAACAAAUAAAGUUGUAUUGCGUUUGCCUCCUUAUCACUGCGAGCUAAAUCCUAUAGAGCUCGCAUGGUCUGUAGUGCAAAAUCACGUAAAACAAAACAAUACAACUUUCAAGUUAAAAGAUGUUCAACAGUUAUUGUAUAAAGGAGUUCAGAAAGUGAUGACUGACAUGUGGGCUAAUUUCGUAAGCCACACAAUAAAAGAAGAAGACAGAUUAUAUGACAUCGACUUCAUUAGUGAAGACAUGUUAGAAUCGCAUGUAAUGACAAUAACUGGUUACACUUUUUCCGAUUUUUCUGAUUAGCAACAUAUUUAAAUUAUUAAUGUAUAUUUAUGUGUAUAUACUAACCUAACCUAACCUACCUACUAACCUAAACCUAACCUAUUAUGUAUAAUAAAUGGCAACUUGCAAGUCAGUAAUUUUGUAUUUGUAUGUUAUUGUAAAAUAUAUUAAGAAUAUUUACGUACAAAAUAUUACGUUAAAAAAAUAUAAAUAUAUAAUAUAUUAUCACUCUGUAUGUAUAUACUUGUACUGCGCUGUAUGCACGCCACAGCGUGAUACUGAAUCGCGCAAAGUGGGAGAAAUGGGACCCGUAACAGUCGCUGCCGUCAGUGUGCAUGCGCAAAACGGUUUACUUCUCUCGUGGUUUAUAGUAUAGUUUUAAUAUAUUACUGGACUGGUCUGUCCCUAUACAUUUUGUUUCAAUAACGUGAUUGUAUCAAUUAUCCGUGUUCCUUAUAAGGAGCUUCUACUGUAUUUACAAUCUGUCAUUUGGUUCCAAUAAACAUAUGUACUUAGAAUUUAUAUUGAGGCAAUAAGUUAUCCAGCAAUAACACUCAACAAAUCUAAAACUAAAGCUUAAAACCUGUUUAUGGUUUAAUCAAACUACCAUUUUUUAUUUUAAAUAGAUAUUGGUUUUGUGAGUAUUAGUUUCACAAAGCAUUUAAUUGGAUUUGCUUGUUGAAAAAUGCCGGUUUUUUUUAUACUAUAUUAUAAUUUGUUUUUUUAUUAUUUUAUUUAGAUAUAAUAGGUGUUACAAUGGUAGUAAAUAUGGAUUUACCAAAAUCCAUUAAUGAAUAUAUGCAUAGAAUUGGACGUACAGGGAGACUGGGAAAUUCUGGUAAAGUAGUUUCAUUUUUUGAUCCUCAAUUUGAUCAGAAAAUUGCUCCUAGUUUAAUCAAUACUCUAAAACUGGUAAAUUUAAUUUUUAUGUUCUAGUAUUAAUAAUAAUAAUUGUUAAUAUAAAUGAGUUAGCUGUACAAAUUGCUUUAGAGGUUAAUAUUUAAAAAAUAUUGAUUAUAUGGAAACUGUUAAUAAUUAUGUUUUAGGCUAUAAUAUUAUUUAAUAAAUCUUUAUAAUAAUUUAUAUUUUAGGCUGAUCAACACAUACCAGAAUUCUUAUUAAAAUAUAGUAAUAGAGGAGAAUGUGGCUCUACCAGUUCAUUUGGGGAUGUAUGUGGAAAGGUAUUAUAAUAUAUUUAAUUGAUUAACAUAACAAUUUAUUUUUUUGAUAUAUUAUAUGGAACAUAUUUUUAAAAAGAUGGACAUACUUUACAUAAUAGGUGAGACACCUAGGAUAAGGUAGGAUAUAAAAGGAUUGAAAGGUAAGAUAUAGAGAGGAAUUUAAUGUAUAAAUGUAUACAAUGAUUAAUCAUUACUUAGGAAAAACGAUUCUGAGCAGAGUUCAUUUGUACAUAUUUUAAAAAGUUGAAUUAUGUACAAUUUUCAUCAAAAUUUGAUAUUAAAAUUCAUAAAAACAAAACUACAUGAAACUCAACAUUUUCUUGUUGACCACUAAGCAAACUUAUAAUGAACCUAUUGUCAAAUUUUUAAACAUUUUUGUUCAAUUUAAUAAUUGUAUACACGGAGUACUUUUUUUCCCCCAUUGUAAAUCGAAACUGAAGGAUGACAUCAACAGUAGUCAUUACACACCAUACACAGAGUACUUAGAAAAUAAAAAAAUUACAUAAAACUAGACAAAUUAAAAUAUCUCUAACUAGCUCAAAAAUGACCCAAAUAUUUUGAAAAAUGUAUCAUAUUACCAUUUACCUAAUUUCAAGUCUACAGACAUUUUUAAACAAAAAACUAAAUUUAAAAUAAUAGAAAAUAUGAAUGAAAAUAAGUUGAACCAUAAUAGACAUCUGAACAAGUACUGUACUAUUCAUGUACAUAUUUUUUUAUUGGCCAAUUUAUUAUAUUAUUUUUCAUAAAAUUAUAAAUAUUAUAUUAAACUCAGUUUAGUUUAUGAACCACUGCUUUAUUCAAUAUGGGAAGCAAUUGGUGCAAACAUUUUUGGGAGGCAACUCUUAUAUAAUUAUGAAGCCACUAGUGUAUAUGAACUCGUACCCACUGGUGAAUACCAAUGUAUUUUUUUGUGGGAUUAAUAUUUGAUUCCUUUUGUGAUCCAAUAUUUUUUUACGUUUAUAAGUAAAUAUUAAAUUACUAGAUGUAUUGAUCACAUAUUUGUUAAAAGCAUUGAUAUCUUAAAUACUAAAUCUUUAGUAUUGAAAACAUAUAUUAGUAAUCAUUAUUUAAGAGUUUUUAUAAUGUAUUAUGAUAAUAAGCUUAAUAGAACUAACUCUUCUAAAAAAAAAAAACUGAAAAUCGAUUUUGUUCGACUAGAUAGCUUACUUUCUAAUCUAAGUUGGGAUGAAAUGUUAAAUACUUACCUAGUUGAUAAAGCAUUGUAAUAUUUAACUUUAAAAUUAAAUAUGUGAAAUAUGUUAUUUGUGUUUAAUUUUAAUUAUUUGUUUUUUCCCUAGAAUGCUACAGUGACUUCUGAAAUGUUUGAAAAAGAAGAAAAAUGCUAA